UGUCUACGGAAAAUACCCAGAGCAUUCAAGUCAGUCUUGUAGGCUGUCCCACAUAUGGGACGUUGUAUUUGACCAAUGCUCACUUUGGAUAUAUCGUUUGAAUGAUGUGUUACUUAAAACGGUAUGUUUUGACGUCAAGACGACUGCAUCGGCUUUAAACUUUUCAACUAUGGGACCUACCCUGAAAACCAGAGAGAAGUUUACUUCGAGAUGCACUUGUGAAAGUUCUGUUGAUGGCAGAGUUCGGAAACUAAUGGGUUGGCGAAGCUUACAUUGACUCGUCUCUCGACAUAUAGGUUAGACUGCACGGCGAUGCCUCCCCAGGGAGAAGGUGAAUACAAACCUGUUUCAGUAUCGGUUCCGUCGGUCCCUCCGGUCCCCCCGCGAAGGUUCAGGAGCAGGGAUUCGUCUAAGUAUCGAACUGGGACAGGAGAGCGCAAAGUAAAGUGUGUGCUCGUUGGAGACGGGGCUGUAGGGAAGACAAGCCUGAUCGUCAGCUACACAACAAAUGGAUAUCCAACAGAAUAUGUCCCUACUGCUUUUGACAACUUUUCAGCUGUGGUGGCAGUUGACGGCAAGCCGGUGAAGCUACAGCUAUGUGACACAGCUGGACAGGAUGAGUUUGAUAAGCUCCGCCCCCUUUGCUACAACAAUGCUGACAUCUUCAUGCUGUGCUUCAGCGUGGUUAGCCCCGCCUCCUUCCAAAACGUGGCAGAGAAGUGGGUUCCAGAGAUCCGCCGGCACUGUCCGCGGGCGCCCGUGGUCCUGGUGGGCACACAGUCGGACCUGCGGGAGGAUGUGAAGGUUCUGAUCGAGCUGGCCCGUUACCGUGAGAAGCCUGUGGACCCGGUGGAGGCCCGGCGCUGUGCGGAGGAGAUACACGCUUUGUGCUACAUGGAGUGUUCUUCCCUUACCCAGAAGAACCUAAAGGAGGUUUUUGACGCAGCCAUUGUGGCCAGCAUACAAAACUCAGACUCCCAGCAUCCCCAGCGGCACAAACAGAGGACUCCAGACAAGAUGAAGAAACUGUCCAAGUCCUGGUGGAGAAAGUACUGCUGUGUGUCAUAGUCUGGACUAGCCUGGUUGGGUGUUCUAGCUUGGCCUGAUCUAGCCUAGUCUGGUUGGCUGGCGUAUAUUUUCUGAACAUUACACAAUCUUGGCUGCCUAUCUGUCAGCCAUCUGUAGCUACUCAGUAACACAGAGACACAGUCACAGAGAUAAAGGUUAGCAGUAAGACUGGUGUUAACAUCAGGCCUCGGUAACAGGGGGAUUUGUCUCGGCUCACCUAGGGUCAGAGUUCAGGGUCAGUGGUUCUGUGCCAGGGGUCACCUAUUUUCCUGACCUCUGAUUGGCCAACCAUAGGACUUACUCUGGGGAUGUAAACAAACAUUGCCAUGACAGCAUUUCAGAGCUUCUAUUGGGCUUGUCGCCCAUGUGUAGUCCUGCACCUGAUUGACUGUCAGUAGUGUUUCCAUCCAUCUUGUCAUCAGAGAGCAAAAAUGUCAUUCUCAUGAUGAAAGACGAAUAAUGUAGAGUAUCAUCAGUUAAACAGUUGUAUAUAAAUAAUCCAUGCAUUUAUAUUUUUUUCAUUUUAACCAUUCAAGUGGGACUAAUACUCUUUUUGGUUGCAUCUCACUUCUAAAAUAUAAUGCAAAACAUUUAAUUUAGGAAUAAGUGAUGAUUUUUCUCUUAGAAAAUGAUACCAAGGUCACCAAUGUAACACUUCAAUGAAAUCAUGUAUGUAAGUCCUUGCUGUGAUCCAUGAAUUAUAUGUAUAUUUACUGGUAUCUAUUGUUUUUCUGUGUACAAAUGUAUAUGUCAGAAUGAACAUGGAGUCAUAUGUCCCUACCCAUCCACGAGAGCCAACAAUCAACUUUAUUGUUAGUGUUGCUCCACCAUCUCUAUUCUGAGUCCCAUGACCAGGAGGAGUACCGUUUUGUGAAUAGGGUUAGUUGGAAGUAGAUUCUCAGGAUAGCAGUUGCUGAGGCAUAACAUGUAGCCUAUUGUCCCAAGGCUCCCAAUGCAAGUUUGACUGUCAUCUUGAAAAUUGAGACAGAAAUGUGUGGUUAUUGUAGGGUUUGAAUCACAGUGAUUAACAGACUGUAUGGACCGCCUGAGAUCUUUGAUUCUGGAACACAACACCCUAGUCUGGUAGGCCAAAGCUGGUUAAUUGAUCAAACGAAGUGUAGAGGUAACAAAGCUGUUUGAAUUUUGAAUCAUAAGUACCAUCUGUUUUGAUAAAGUUGUUUGUCAGGCCUGGUAACCAGACCUCCUGCAGUAGCAAGUGAAAUUCAAACCCUGGGCUCAGAGAUGCAGUUAGCACCUUACUGGACCUGUGGACAUGUGAGGGAACUCUGAAGGUGAUUUAUGAUGAGAGUCAGACGGAAGGUUUUACUGGUGUAGGCUAUUCCUUGAACUGUCACUAUCAACCACUCAGUUAAGCUGAGUGUCAACAGUGGAACAGAAAAUGAAUAGACACCGAUGGAGAUCUGUUGUACAUUAAAUGGUUCCAUCAUCGCCAAAAUAUUCAUUCUGGCCUUGUAAGGAAGCUGUUCCUUUAGAAUGAAAUGAGAAAGUGAGAUUGUAAAGAGAAAAUAUGGAAGAUAGGAUGUGAAAUGAGGGACCAGGAAGAAGCAAACACAGUGAUGUUGACUGAAAGGAGCAAACGGCUUUCAGCCAGUGUUUUGCCGUAUCUGGAGAAAGGCAAAUAUAAACGUUCAGUGUCUUCAGAUCAAUUUUUAGUGUAUUUGAUAUCCAAUCUGAACGUUAAUUAGGGUUCACUCCACUCAUACAUGCAUCUCAUUCGAGUAGCAUUUUGACACCGCCGAGUGGAUUUCACAAAGUUUCAGAUCAUUCCCAUUGUGGUGGUUUCCACCCAUGGGGGUUAGUGGUCUUUUCAGGGCCGUGUGAAGUAGAGAAGCUGCAUGAACACCUUAGCUCUGGUGUCAGAUCAGAGCAAAACAGCCGUCUGUCUGUCUGCCGUUUGAUACUUUUGUAAAUAAAGACUAUUUGGGAAACA